AUGCCAGCAUACCAUUCUACAUUCUUAGGCGAGGAAUCACAAGACGCCAGAACAAUUGGUAACCUAUCUUUACUCCCAUUUAAAACCAAGUUUCGUGGUCCCGCUUUCGAGACCGAUCAAGAUUAUGAUAUCGUGGAAGAGACAUUAGACUUGUUCAGGGCCAAUUCAUUCUUCAAGAACUUUGAAAUCAGAGGCAAUGCUGAUAGAUUGUUGAUAUAUGGAAUAUUGUUUGUCAGUGAUUGUUUGGGAAAGCUUAAUAAGACCAUGCCACACCGUGAAGCGACUAGAGUAUUGAGCAAUUUGAGUCUUGACAAUUUUGCUUUACCCGGAGAUAUAUCUUUCCCGUUGAACUCAUUGUAUUUGCCACCAAAGACAAGGGCCGAUGCUGAUUUAUUGAGAGGUUACUUGACCCAGUUUAGACAAGAGUUAGCUGAAAGGUUGUUGAAUAGAAUUUACGCAGAUGGUGGAGAUGUGCCUAGUAAAUUCUGGUUGGCAUUUACAAAGAGAAAGUUUAUGAAUAAAAGUUUGUAA